GAGUGCUGUGAGAUCACUCGCGUACCAGUUUCCAUCUACCCCUUCAUUGGCAACGGGGAGAAGAGGGCCUUUGAGGAUGACAUGGCCAAAGAAUGGGAAGGUGUGUACUGCCCCAGCUCACUGGACGACAGCGGCAGGAUGGCCUUCUCGAUGGUCAG